GUCACAUGCAGUGAAUGUGAUAAACAAACAUCGCCAACUUCAGAUAAGAUUACCACAGAACUCAAGAGACGAGUGGGACAAGACGCCAUGAGACGAGCGGGACAAGACGCCAUGAGACGAGUGGGACAAGACGCCAUGCUCCAGUUUGCUGUUUUAGUGGUAUUUUGGGGGGCAGCAAAUGCCAUUAUAUGUAUUCCUGGGUUGUGCGCCUAUGUGAAGCAAGUUCCCCUCAAGUGCACUGGUUCCAUAGUCAAGGGGGGAGGAUUCUGUGGGUGUGUUGACAUCUGUGCCAAGGCUGAGGGAGAGGUGUGUCAGGCCCGUUACGAGAACGGUAUUAUACCUGUGGGGUCAUGUGACACAGGGUUGUUCUGCAAGGAGGAACACAUUGGGGUUUAUGGUGCGGGUACCUGUGUCAAGGACACGUUAAAGAGAUCUGCGAUGACCAAAUGUGAGCGCAUGGCCUACGUGCAGAUGAUGACCAUGCGAAAUUGGCCCAGCAAGUGGACGCCAGCCUGUGAUGCCGAUGGUAACUUCACGCCAUUGCAAUGCAACUUCUCGGGUUUCUGUUUCUGUGUGAACUCCACCACUGGAGACAUACAAACCGGCAUGAUCCAUGGCCAUGUCGACUGUCCUCCAGACUAGCCGCGCAACCUUCGUGUACUUCACAGAAAUAAACACAUCUUUAUUCCA